GAGGGCCGCCUGGGCGUGGUGCACCAACUGCUGGCCGGGGGCGCCAGCGUCCACCACCCCAACGCCGACACCCACACGCCCUUGCAGGUCGCCUCCGAGGGGGGCCACGCCGACGUCGUGGACGCGCUCUUGGCCGCCGGCGCCGACCCAAAGUACAGCGACGCAGUGGGCGACACCGCCCUACAUUUCGCUUCCGCGACCUUGGGGGAGCCCAGCGUGAGAACCGUCGUCUUGCUAAUCGACGAAGGGGCUGAGAUUGACGCGAGGUCGGGAGACGGAACGACGCCGCUGAUGUGGGCCGCGGCGUUUGGAAACGUGCUGACGGUGAAGUCGCUGCUCGCGCACGGGGCCGACCCGGCGAUUGUGGACUGGGGCGGGAGGGACGCCGCGGGCAGCGUGUGCCGGUGCCUGGCGUCGCGGGGGCGGCCGCUGCUGCUGCAGUGCCCGGCGGGGGGCUGCGAGGAGCCGGGCAAGGCAGAGGUGCUGCGGGAGUUGCUGCGGCGCUGA